GUGAUUACAUGAUGCCUGGUGCUUCUGUGCGGUGGGAAUUUGUUGAGCGCGACAGUCAGCAGUAGAGACGCACGCUGUUUUAUUAUUAUGGCUCAGUUUAAAUACUGGAGGCGUGUGUCUUCACUCAUUUAGUAUCACAGACCGGGGUUUAAAGUCUGGACUUGUUUUUGAGGAAAAAACGAGACUCUCUGUGGCUGAACAAUUUGUUUAUCGAUUGUCAGUCUGACAGUAAAUUUGGGAUUAAAAUGGUCAUCAAGGUUUACAUCGCCUCAUCCUCUGGCUCGGUCGCGGUAAAAAAGCACCAGCAGGCAGUCGUGGGUUUCCUGGAGGCCAAUCGAAUCAGUUUCCAGGAAGUUGACAUCACCAUGCUGGAGGAGAAGAGGCUGUGGAUGUACCAAAACAUCCCCAAAGACAAGUGUCCGGAGAAAGGCAACCCACUGCCUCCACAGAUCUUCAAUGAGGAUCACUACUGUGGGGACUAUGAAGAUUUCUUCCAGUCAAAGGAGGACAACACAGUGUUUGCAUUCCUUGGGCUCAGCUCUCAGCCCUCAGUCAAAGACUCUGAGUCAUAGCCUGGAUUAAACUGCUGGAACAAGAUGUCCAAAAAAAACACUUCUUGUGUUCUUUCUGCUACCUUGCCAGCAUGUUGCCAAACUUAAGACGCCAACAGAUGUCCCCCUCUCCUACCUCUCCUGACUUUUAAAACAACAUUACGCCAUCACCCACUUCUCCAGAAGUGCUGAUCCUUGAAAGAAGUGACUUCAUCAGAGAAGAAGAAGAAGAUUGACUUUGUUGUGUUCCCUACUCAUGUUUAACACACUUUGACAAACUCUGUCCGUAGCAUCCAUUCUGUGCGAACUAAAAGAUGUAUGUAGCAGCUUUUGCAUCAGUUGAUUUAGCACAAGUCACCUGUAUACACACCUGUUGUAUCCUGUGUGUAUAUUCGGCAUGUGUGUGAGUGUUUGUGUAUAUGUGUGUGUGCAUGCCUUAGUGUGUGCGCUGUUUGUCUGUCUCAAUCAGCAGCUGUAAAUGAAGGCUGUGUUAAAAGAAGGGGACCUGAGAGGCAGCACUUAAUGCAACCUGAAACAACACGAGGACCAACCUUACUUUCUGGCUAUGUUUUUGUGUGUUUGUGUGUAUUAGUGUGUUUACAAGUGUGUCGGAGAGCUUUCCUAGAGGUGAGAGUGACACUGCAGCUUACCACAAAGGCAAGCAGAUGGGACCAAAUGCUAACAAUCCUGAAGCAUAUGUGAGCUUAAAAUAUCACCAGCAUUUAUGUUUGACACUGCCGACAUAAAAAAGUAAAACUGACCUUGUUUUUGUAUCUUCUCUGUCAAGCUAGUUCAAUCACCGGACAAAGUUGGCGUUUUUCUACAUGUUUUUCAUCGUCUGAAAAUUCAUAGAUCAGACCAAAACACUCUCCAAUCAGAAUGCACUGAAGUUUUUAUUUUAUUUUAGCAUGCAAUGUAGCUCAAACGAGAAUAAAUAGAGCGUUUGUAGGAACUAUUUUAAGCCGUGGAUUAAUCCACAGUUGGUGUAGCAGCAGGACCGUUCAUGUGGGAUUGACUCAAAAUAAACAACAUUGUCUGGGUUUAUUAUAAUGAAAAAACAUGUCAUCCAGUGCAUUGCUGUUUGUUAUUCAUGUGUGUAUUUUCAAUAACGGAGCCCUGUGACACAGAGGAAUAUGAUAUAAUAGUCCUCAUUGGUCUUUUCAUGGGAUUUGUUGAAAACAUGAAAAAUAUACAUAAUCACCAACACUAUGCUCUGACCAAGACCACUUAAACACAAAUACAAUCAGGACCACAUGAGAACACUUCAUGGAAGGAGUACACUUCACAGAUUAUUAAUCCAGGUUUUAAAUGUCAGAGGACAGGGGAUGAGAAAUAAUCUUUUAUUGCUCAGAGAUAAACUAGUGGCAAAGCUCCUCUGCUUCUCCUGCUGUGCCUCUCCUUCUCACUCUUACAUAUGUCCAAAUGUCUUAGAAGUGCACAGAUGCUUUAGUAAGUUAAAUAUAACUCAAAAUCUUGUAUUCUUUGUCCUCUCUCCUUAUAACCAACUGUAAAUCUUUAAUCCUUAUGAAAUGAUCUUGGGUUGGCGGUUCAUAAAUUCAGGUUUGUUUACACAUGAAUAAAUGACACAAACACACAUGUUGACCUGCAGUAUGAAUUCCUCCCUAAAGUUAGUGCCAUCAUGUGAACAGAUAUAUUAUUUUAAUUAUCGUGUAGGCGACAUCCUACUAAAUGUGCAUCUGUUGCUGUCGAAAUUAGGCCCAUUCCUAUUCUGCUGAGUUGUAUCCUCAUUUCUUGUGAAAUCAUGUGAUGUCUAUGUUGUAAUUGUUGUGAAUGGACCCCACCAUUCCGUUGGACCGCAAAGUGACUAAAUGCAGUUUGUUACACCUCUUCGCCUGUGACUGUUUUCUAAUUAAACGUGGUGUUUUCCUGCUUGGAAA